AUGACUUCUGUCAAAGUUGUUUCAAGGAUUCGUCCAUCAAAUCCUUUUGAAAAAUCUUUAGGAUUUGAAGAGAUUGUAUCCCCUUUGAAUGAAAAUACUAUGCAUAUAAAUACAAAUGAUUACACAGGAAAUUUUGUUUUCGACAGAGUCUUUGGAUCCGACAGCACUCAAGAGGAUCUGUUUUCCUAUUCUAUCAAACCUACAGUGGACGAUUUAUUUCAAGGAUACAAUGGCACCGUUUUAGCCUACGGCCAGACGGGGUCUGGGAAAACGUAUACAAUGAUGGGCGUGGAAGGAGAUCCUGAAAACUCAGGUUUGACUCCGAGAAUGCUUCAUAGGAUAUUCGACAAAAUUCGAUCGUCUCCCUCAACAACCGAAUACGAAGUGAAGGUUUCUUAUAUGGAAAUCUACAUGGAAAAAAUUCGGGAUCUACUUUCUCCUGACAAUGAUCAUCUGACCGUUCACGAAAACAAACUCCAGGGUGUUUAUGUUGAAGGAUUGAAAACCGUAUAUGUAUCGAGUGAAGCAGAAGCGUUUCAGAUUUUGAACCAAGGGAUGAAUUCUCGAGCGGUCGCAAGUACCAACAUGAAUGCUACUAGCUCUCGAUCCCAUUCGAUCUUCGUUGUAGAAGUUGUACAGACCAAUAACUCCUCUGGAGAAACAAGGCGUGGUCGUUUAUUUCUAGUAGACCUUGCAGGUUCUGAAAGUGUGGGCAAAAGCGGUGCCGUUGGGCAAACGCUUGAAGAGGCAAAAAAGAUUAACCGGUCACUUUCCACCCUGGGAAUGGUCAUCAAUUCCUUAACAGAAAACAAACACGGUCAUACACCUUAUCGUGAUUCCAAGCUGACCAGAAUCUUGAAAGAAUCUUUGGGUGGUAACUCUCGAACGACGCUGAUUAUCAAUUGCUCUCCUAGCAUUUACAAUGCUAGCGAAACACUCUCUACAUUGCGUUUUGGCAACCGUGCCAAGAAUAUAAAAAACAAGGUUGUCGUUAAUUCAGAGCUUUCCAUGGACGAAAUGAAGCGGAAACUGCACUUUUACAAAGAGUUAUUGUCACAUUGUGACUGUAAUCUUUUUGAAAAAGUUAAACUCUCUAGCAAAGAAGACCCAUCGAAUCUGUUUUUGGAAGCAGAAGAAACUCCUUCAAUGCAUGACCAUGUGUCUGCAAAACAUUCAACGGGAACAACAUCAAUAGACAAUUUUCAUGACAUGGCCUUUGAAGUGGACAACGAUUCGACACAAACUGGCUCGCAAAUCCUUGACUCUGCCAAUUCCAAGACAGAGGCCGUUGAACAGUUGUACGCGAGAGCACAGACUGAGCUCAAAAAUCGGGAUGGCCUACUAUGUUCUACUCGCCAACAGCUUUCGUAUCUUAUGGAAGCGUUGGGAGAUGCCCAUAAACGAUACGUUGAAUUAGUGCAAAACCAUCGAACGAAAGAGGAGACAGAUAACACGUCUCAAGCAUCUUCGACUGUUGAAACCCCAUCCGGCAUAGAAAAACAAGACGAAGAUCAAGUAAACCAAGAACGUGAAUUACUUUUACAGAAACUGAGCGUUUUGGAUACAUCAUUGACGUCUUUGGUGUAUGUUCAGCAACGGCUUCUUCAAGCUGUCUCGUCUAAUAAACGUCCAGGAAGCGGGACUGUUGUAAAAAAGAUUCAAGGAGGACACUGA